UACAGACAGGAUGAACUUGAGGAGAAGCGACCAGCUGGAGCUGAAAGGCAUCUUGCAAUCAGUGAAGGUAGAUGGAAAUGCUGGAAAACUUCAGGAAAUCUUAAAGUCUCUGGCUGAGAAGAAAAAAGUACAAGUGAUCUUUGUAACAUUGGAGCUAUUGCGGGACAAAGGCUUCGAUUUCCAUUCCAGCAACUAUUUGGUCGGAAUUUCAGCUUGUGCCAAGUCGAAACUGUGGCAGCAUGCUUGCUUGCUAUUUUCAAGUCUGCCCGAAGCAAAACUUCAGCCUAAUGUCAAGAGCUUCAAUGCAGCAGUGAGUGCUUGUGAGAAGGGCGGGCAGUGGCAGCAAGCUGCCAGCUACAUUGCUCGAAUGCCCUCUGCCAAUAUUCAGCCCAAUGUGAUCACCUACAGUUCUGGCAUCAGUGCAUGUGAGAAGGGAGGUCAAUGGCAGCAAGCUCUGAACCUUUUCGAUUCGAUGCAAGAGGCGGGCGUGCAGCCAAAUGUCAUCACCUACAGUGCUGUCAUCAGCGCUUUUGAAAAGGGUGGUCAAUGGCAGCAGGCACUUAGCUUGUUCGAUCACAUGACGCAGGAAGAUGUUCAGCCGGAUGUGAUUUGCUUCAAUGCCGCCUUGAGUUCUUUGGAGAAGGGGAGUCAAUGGCAACAGGCACUGAGCUUCUUCCACAACACGCAGAUUUCAGGGCUUCAGCUGGAUGUGGUUAGUUACAGCGCAGCCAUCAGUGCUUGCGAAAAAGUUGGGCAAUGGCAGCAGGCCCUAUGGCUCUUUCAUUCCAUGCAGCUUCCGUCGACAAAUGUUGGGCCCAAUGUUGUGACCUUUAAUGCAGUCAUCAGUUCGUGUGAGAAGGGCCAGCAGUGGGAACAGGCGCUGAAGAUCUUUGAAGGUAUUGGCAAGAUCCAUUUGAAGCCCAGCAUUGUGAGUUGCAACUCAGCCAUCAGUGCCUGUGAGAAGUGCGGUCAAUGGCAGGCGGCCUUGAGCUUGUUCCAGGCGAUGGAGGGGGAGGUGAGUCCGGAUGUGAUCACCUUCAAUGCCAUCAUCAGUUGCUGUGAGAAGGGCUGGAAGCCACGACUUGGCCUCGAUCUGUUUCAGGCAAUGCCGGAAUAUCUGGUGCAGCCGGAUGUGUUCAGCUACAGCGCAGUGAUCACGUCUUUUGAAAAGGCCAGUCAGUGGCAAAACGGUCUCAACCUCUUUGACCUUAUGCCUGAAGCCCAGGUGUAUCCAAAUAUUGUGACUUUCAACGCUGCCAUCAACUGCUGCCAGAACGGGGGUCAAUGGCAGCAGGCACUGAGGUUUUUCGGGAUUUUGGCUGCAUCUGGGGAGGCUGAGAUUGUCAGCUACAGCGCAACCAUCAGUUGUUGCGCGAACGUUGGGGAAUGGCAACAGGCCCUAAGCUUAUUCGAGGCCAUGCUUCAGGGCAGCAUUCGACCCAAUGUCAUCGCCUGCAAUGCGGCCAUCGAUUCCUGUGAAAAGGGCCGACAGUGGCAGCUGGCGCUGAACUUUUUGGAACUGAUGACACUUGGAGAACUGGAGCCAGAUGUGAUCAGCUUCAACUCGGCGAUCCGCUGCCUGGAAGCUGGGUGUCAGUGGCAGAAGGCCUUGAAGCUGUUUGACGACAUGCUUCAGCACGACAUUGAGCCCAACCUGUUGAGUCACAGUGCGGCCGUAACUUGCAGCGGGACGUUCGGCCAUUCCGGGCGGAUCAUCAGCCACUGUGGAUUGUUGGAGAGCCAGAUGCUCAGCGCGUUCUGGAGCAGCUGGAAAAUGCCAGGGGUUGGAGUGGAUGAUGGGAUGAUUCAGUGGGAUGAUUCAGGUUGGUUUUCGAUUUUUCUAAGUGGAAUUUAUAACAUUUUAUAA